UGCUGGGCUCCCCACGCCAUGUUCUCGGUGCUCUCGUAUGGCAGGCUGGUAGCCCGGGCAGUCCUGGGCGGCCUUUCGCAGACCGACUCCCGUGACUACAGCUUGGUGACAGCCAGCUGUGGCUUUGGCAAAGAUUUCCGUAAGGGCAUCCUCAAGAAAGGCAUGUGCUACGGGGACGACGCCUGCUUCGUGGCCCGGCAUCGCACGGCAGAUGUGCUGGGGGUAGCAGAUGGCGUUGGUGGCUGGAGAGACUAUGGGGUUGACCCUUCUCAGUUCUCAGGGACUCUAAUGCGAACUUGUGAACGUUUAGUUAAAGAAGGACGGUUUGUACCAAGCAAUCCUGUUGGGAUCCUCACCGCAGGUUAUUGUGAGCUGCUGCAGAACAAAGUACCUUUGCUUGGAAGCAGCACAGCAUGUAUAGUUGUUCUGGACAGAACAAGUCACCGUUUACAUACAGCAAACUUGGGAGAUUCUGGAUUUUUGGUGGUCAGGGGAGGAGAAGUAGUCCAUCGAUCUGAUGAGCAGCAGCAUUACUUCAACACUCCGUUCCAACUGUCAAUAGCUCCACCAGAAGCAGAAGGAGUUGUCUUAAGUGACAGCCCUGAUGCUGCUGAUAGUACUUCUUUUGAUGUCCAACUUGGAGACAUUAUCUUGACUGCGACAGACGGACUGUUUGACAACAUGCCUGACUACAUGAUUCUGCAGGAGUUAAAAAAGCUCAAGAACUCCAACUAUGAGAGUAUACAGCAGACUGCCAGAAGCAUUGCUGAGCAAGCUCACGAGUUGGCAUAUGAUCCCACUUACAUGUCGCCAUUUGCACAGUUUGCAUGUGACAAUGGAUUGAACGUGAGAGGGGGAAAACCAGAUGACAUCACCGUCCUUCUUUCUAUUGUAGCCGAGUACACAGACUGACCUGCCCGCGUGUUGGCUCCUGACGUUCCGUUGUCCCUGAGCUCCCAGCCUCACGCGCACGGUUUCCUGCUGGCAGGAUCGCUUUCUUCCUUCGCAGCCGAUCUCAGCAGCCAGUUCUCGAGCUCGUUGCCUGUCCUCAGACACAACUGACGUCCUUGUUCAGAACCACUCUCGUAGUACACUGGUCUUUGUCUGCCAGCAAGAGAUAAAGAAGCUCAAGGCUUGAAGCAUGUCUUUCAGAGCUUAGUCGUUGCUGUUAAGAGGGGGAGGAUCAAUCCCACAUUGUUUCUGCCUUUGAGAGGUGACUUUGAAAGGAGUAGAAUUGGGUUAUCAUCUUUCAAACUAGAUUCAAUAGCUACAACCUCUGCAAGAGGGCAUAUUACUCUAUUUACUCGAAACGCUCACUGUUUGUUAGGGGGUAUGUUGCAGACCACAGUUCCAUAAGCGUAGUCUCGUUACAGUGAUAGCUGAGGUUUCGUGUUUCCAAGCUCCAAUUUUCAGGAGAUUUCUAACUGCUGUAAACAUUCUGCUCUUGCCAUCCAUGGUGUCAGCCUAAGAGCCUUUUCUAGUAUGGAAUUCCAAACCAACAUAGUUUAAGUUAGGUGG